ACACAGGUAGUGUAUGUUCUGUGGAUGACAUGUGAUAUGACAUUUCAAUCUUCCUUAAAAAUAAAAUCUUGUUUGGACAAAUUAUGUAAAUAACACAUUUACAAAUUGUGAAUGUCUGUCUUAAAAUCAGUAACCAUGGCAGCAAGGUUAGAAGCCUCUGUUCUAAAAAGUAAAUUUAAAGGUUGCCUUCUUGGGGCUUUAAUAGGAGAUUGUACUGGUUCUCCUUAUGAAGGUGAUACCAUUACUCAUGGUGAUAAACUGAUAAUUCAAAGGUAUUAUGAUAAAUUGGAAGAUCCAUCAUUUACCGCUCCAUUCAAAUCAUACACAGAUGAUACAGCUAUGACCAAGUCUGUUGCAAAAUUUUUAACUGACAAACCUGAACCUGAUUAUAAAUUUCUUGCCAGACUGUUUGUUAAUGAAUAUUUUAAAGAGCCUAGAAGAGGUUAUGGUGAAGGUGUUGUAGAAGUUUUUCACAAAUUGAAAAAUUCAAAAUUUGCAGAUGUUUAUAAACCAGCUAGUGAACAAUUUUUAGGUGCCGGUUCUUUUGGAAAUGGUGGAGCUAUGAGAGUUGCCCCUAUUGCUCUUUACUUUUAUGAUAAUUACAAGGCAAUGCUAGAAGUAGCUACAAAUGCAACAAGGUUGACUCAUACUCAUUUUUUGGGAGUUCAUGGAGCACUUUUACAAGCUGUUGCUAUUGAUUUAGCUUUAAAAUUUAAUCCAAACGUUAAGAUUAAUCCUGAAAGAUUUUGUGCAGAAUUAUUUAGGAGAAUUAGAAAAAUUGAAAGAAUAGAUGAAGACACAGAUGAGAUAGAUGAACGAGAUUACAGCAGGAAAGCAUAUCAAGAAAAGUUAAAGGUUGUGGAGUAUUUAUUAGGUAAAAAACAUGAUGAUGAGUUAGAUGAAGAAGUGAUUUUAACUUUAGGCAAUGGUAUAAGUGCUUAUGAAUCUGUGCCUACAGCUAUUUAUUGUUUUUUGAAAUCUUUACAAGAAAUACCGUCUAUACAGACUGAUAACAUAUUCAGAAGAACAAUCCAAUACGCUGUGACAUUGGGAGGUGAUACUGAUACAAUAGCAAGUAUGGCUGGGGCAAUAGCAGGUGCUUAUUUAGGAGAAGAAGCAGUUAAUCCUUAUUUAGCUAAACAUUGCGAAUUUUCCAAAGAAAUAGCCGAGAUGGCAGAAAAUCUGUAUGCGGCAAAAGUUAAACCCUAAUCAAAUUGUUUUUGGUUGAAUUGUAUCAGUUCAAAUAGACAAAUCUACCCUGUAUGUACAUGUUGUAGCCAUUAUCAAUUUGUGGACAUAUACAUAUGGAAAAUAAAUAUAUUUUAUUGAUUUUUUUUCAAGUC